ACAGUAGGUGGUUUGAUGCGGGUGUGUAAACGUGUUGUCUACUUAUUUUCAAAUACUAACAUUUCAUUAUUUAUUUACACGAUACAUCCCGAUACGAAGUGUCCCGUCCGUGGAGUGUGUUACGUUCGAUGCUGUGGUUGACUGAAUUUCCAACGAUACAUGGAAUAAUCUGAUAGACGCGAGUGAUUUUGUGACUUAUGGACUUUCCUUCUCUCUGGAUUCUUCACCUCGUAAAUUGUUUACAAGUUGUUCACGCUGCUUUGCAAUUAAAUAAAGCUUGUAGGACGUAUUAUUCGCGUUAGGAGUACAAUUUCGUUUUCAGAAAUUGUCAGCAAGCAACGGAUGGACGUGAUGCAUCUUUACUAGAGGCAUUUGCACGUUUUAUAACCUGACAACACGUUCGAAGUUUUUCCAUCUCUAUCAUGUCAUUUCAUCUUUGACGAAGUAUUAAGUGAUUUGAGACAAGUUAUUAAAUGUCAAAAUGUGGUCAUCUCAAGGUAAUAAUUCAAAUUCAAACAACGCAUCCAAGGAAGAAAAAAAUUUGCGUACAUUAGGCAUGACAUCUGCUAUUAGUGUGGCAGAACCAAAGCCCAGUGAUUUUACUAGGACAAAUGAAUUAAAAGAGGCAUUAAAGCCCUAUAAUGUUUUUGAAUCUGAGGAAGAACUGAAUCAUAGGAUGGAAAUUUUAAGCAAAUUAAAUGCACUGGUGAAACAGUGGAUACGGGACACUAGCAUUGCCAGAAAUAUGCCACCGAAUGUAGCUGAACAAGUUGGCGGUAAAAUAUAUACUUUCGGUUCAUAUAGGUUAGGGGUACAUCACAAAGGUGCUGAUAUAGAUGCCCUGUGUGUUGUACCACGUCACAUCUAUAGGUCGGAUUAUUUUACCUCAUUCUUUGAGUUACUGAAAAUGCAAGAAGAAGUUACAGAUUUAAGGGCAGUGGAGGAAGCAUUUGUACCAGUAAUAAAAAUGAAUUUUGAUGGUAUUGAAAUUGAUAUGUUGUUUGCCAAACUGGCACUUAAAGAAAUUCCCGAUUCAAUGGAUCUUAGAGAUGAUAUGCUUCUCAAAAAUCUUGAUCAAAAAUGUGUAAGAAGUCUUAACGGAUGUAGAGUAACAGAUGAAAUACUACGUUUAGUACCUAAUAUAGAAAAUUUUAGACUAGCACUUAGAGCUAUCAAGUUAUGGGCAAAGCGACAUGGAAUAUAUAGCAACGUAUUAGGGUAUCUAGGUGGUGUAUCUUGGGCAAUGUUGGUUGCAAGAACAUGUCAACUUUAUCCAAACGCAGUUGCAGCAACUUUAAUAGAGAAAUUUUUCCUUGUAUUUUCACAAUGGAAAUGGCCACAACCAGUUCUUCUAAAGCAACCUGACAAUGUUAAUUUAGGUUUUCCCGUUUGGGAUCCAAGAGUGAAUAUAUCAGAUAGAUAUCACUUAAUGCCAAUAAUUACGCCCGCGUAUCCUCAGCAAAAUUCAACAUUCAACGUGUCAGUAUCAACAAGAACUAUUAUGCAAGAGGCGUUUGAGAAUGGACUUUCCAUAACGGAAGAGAUUAUUAUGGGAAAGGCAACGUGGGAUAAAUUAUUCGAACCUCCAAAUUUCUUUGGCAAAUAUAAGCAUUAUAUUGUACUAUUGGCAAGAAGUUUAACAGCUGAAGAUCAACUCGAGUGGUGUGGGCUUGUCGAGUCAAAAAUACGACAUUUAAUAGGUACACUGGAAAGGAAUCCACAUAUUACAUUGGCACACGUAAAUCCAGAGGCAUUUCCACCGUUAGAACCAGAACCAGAAGGGCACUGCUCUAUGUGGUUUAUCGGUUUGCUAUUUGCCAAAAGCGAGAAUUUAAAUAUUGAUCUAACGUACGAUAUAAAAUCUUUUGUAGACUCAAUUCUAAGGCAAGCAGAACAGCUGAACAUGUUGAAGGAGGGUAUGUGGAUCGAAGCAAAACACGUGAAAAGGAAGGAUCUUCAUACUUACGUAUCUCCUAGUUUGCUUAAACGGGAAAGAAAAAUUUCCGGAAAUAUACAUAAAAAUGGAAAUAUUGCCGGGAAUGGUAACAAUGGUGGCGUUUCUCCACGAAAUCAAGAUGUGAAUAGCAGGAAAAGAUUAUCCGAUCAGAACAUAGACACAUUCGGGAAAAAACGAAGAGUUACCGAUAACGAACAACAAGUAACACAUGAGGGGCCUACUGGUGCAUCUACAGUAGCACAGGAAGGAUAUGUUUGCACUUGAUCACUGCAGGAUUACUACCUCAAAUCGAUCCAUAGAUGCUCUUCUGGGCCAUCUAGACUGUAAUCACUUCUCAUGCAACCAUCCACUGCCUACUGUAAGUCCCCCCAUUUCCUAAAAAACAAACGUCAUGCGUUGAAGAACAUUAUCUAUUGGAGUCAAUCGAUGCACGACUGUAUGACGAACGCUCUAAUUUUAGUAUUUAUGAACAACAUCAACAGUCAAUGGGAACAAUUAUGCCAUGAACGAAUGAUUGUGCCAGUGUCUGUGAUGUUACUUUUUUUAUCGUAAAUCGCGUUGGUCAUAUUGGGGAGCCACGAUCGAAGGGCUAGUAGUAGCAAAACAUCACUAAGUCUCUAAGAUUUAUAAUUUUAUUUUUAUAUUUUAUUUUGUACAUAUCACUUAUAAUCAUUUUUAUCCACAAAAUUAUUAAAAACGAAAAAAAAAAGAAAAAAAGGAA